CCCAGGUCCCGGCGAGCGCUGAUGCGGACGGGAGGCUCCUGGCCCGGCGGACUAACUGGAGCACGGACGCUGCAGCCGGUUGGGCCGGUGCCCUUUCCCGCUCUGGAAAGGAAGAGAAAUGGAAGUGAAAAAAUUGAGCAUUUCCUGGCGGUUCUUGAUAGUUCUGAUUCUGGUCCUGCAAAUUCUGUCUGCGCUGGAUUUUGACCCAUACAGAGUCCUAGGGGUCAGCCGAACAGCCAGUCAGGCUGACAUUAAAAAGGCUUAUAAGAAGCUCGCCCGGGAAUGGCAUCCUGACAAAAACAAAGAUCCUGGAGCAGAAGACAAGUUCAUCCAAAUUAGCAAGGCUUAUGAGAUCCUUUCCAAUGAGGAAAAGAGAUCAAAUUAUGAUCACUACGGAGAUGCCGGCGAGAACCAAGGCUACCAGAAGCAGCAGCAGCGAGAGUAUCGCUUCCGCCAUUUCCACGAGAAUUUCUACUUUGACGAAUCGUUUUUUCACUUCCCCUUUAAUUCGGAGCGGCGGGACUCCGUCGAUGAAAAGUACUUGCUGCAUUUUUCACAUUACGUGAACGAGGUGGUCCCAGAUAGCUUCAGGAAGCCCUACCUCCUCAAGGUCACCUCAGACUGGUGCUUCAGCUGCAUCCACAUCGAGCCCGUCUGGAAGGAAGUGGUUCAGGAACUGGAAGCAUUGGGUGUGGGAAUCGGCGUGGUUCACGCUGGGUACGAGCGGCGCCUGGCCCGUCACCUGGGAGCGCACAGCACCCCCUCCAUCCUGGGGGUCCUAAACGGGAAAGUCUCCUUCUUCCAUAACGCAGUCGUCCGCGAGAACCUGCGGCAGUUUGUAGAGAGUCUUCUUCCAGGGAACCUGGUGGAGAAAGUUACGAAUAAAAAUUACGUCCAGUUCCUGUCUGGCUGGCAGCAGGACAAUAAGCCCCACGUCCUUCUGUUCGACCAAAUGCCCGUCGCACCGCUGCCGUACAAGUUGACUGCUUUUGCACACAAAGAUUACUUGUCAUUUGGAUACGUGCACGUCGGCCUCAGAGGGGCCGAAGAGGUGACGCGGCAGUACAAUGUCAAUGCCUACGCCCCCACCGUCUUGAUCUUUAAAGAACACAUCAGCAAGCCUGCAGACGUCAUCCAGGCCCGAGGUAUGAAGAAACAGGUCAUUGAUGACUUCAUCACCCAGAACAAGUAUCUGCUGGCAGCCAGGCUCACCAGCCAGAAGCUGUUCCAUGAGCUGUGCCCCGUGAAACGGUCUCACCGACAGAGGAAGUACUGUGUGGUCUUACUGACUCCCGAGGCUACCAAGUUAAGUAAACCCUUUGAGGCCUUCCUGUCCUUCGCCCUGGCAAACACACAAGACACCGUGAGGUUCGUGCACGUCCACAGCCAUCGGCAGCAGGAGUUUGCCAGCACCUUGCUGCCAGACACGGAUGCGUUUCAAGGAAAAUCGGCGGUGUCUAUCCUGGAAAGGCGCACCACGGGAGGAAGGGUGGUGUACCGGACCCUGGAAGCCCCCUGGACGGGGAGUGACCGCGAUAAAUUCACCCUCCUGGGCUACCUGGACCAGCUGCGCAGAGACCCGGCGCUCCUGUCCUCGGAGGCGGUGCUCCCCGACCUGACCGAUGAACUUGCCCCUACCCUCCUCCUGCGGUGGCUCUCCUCGGCUUCCGACUACCUCUCGGGCUGCUGGGACAGCGCGUUCCACGACAACUGGCGGGAGAUGAUGCCUCUUCUGUCCCUGGUCUUCUCCGCCCUCUUCAUCCUCUUCGGCACCGUCAUCGUCCAGGCUUUCAGUGAGUCGAGCGAUGAGCGGGAGUCCAACCCUCCAGAUAAAGAAGAAGUGCACGAGAAGGCCGGGAAGGCGGAGCCAAGCUUCCCCAAAGAAAACAGCAGCAAGAUUCCUAAGAAGGGCUUUGUGGAGGUCACGGAACUCACCGAUGUGACAUACACCAGCAACCUGGUCCGCCUGAGGCCCGGCCACAUGAAUGUGGUCCUCAUCCUGUCAGACCCCACCAAGACCAGCCUCCUGCAGAAGUUCGCUCUGGAGGUGUACACGUUCACUGGGAGCAGCUGCCUGCACUUCUCCUUCCUGAGCCUGGACAAGCACAGAGAGUGGCUGGAGUACUUACUGGAGUUCGCUCAGGACGCGGCCCCGAUCCCAAACCAGUACGACAAGCAUUUCAUGGAGCGUGACUACACAGGCUACGUGCUGGCCCUGAACGGCCACAAGAAGUACUUCUGCCUCUUCAAGCCCCAGAAGGCGGUGGAGGAGGAGGAGGCCGUGGGGUCCUGCAGGGCGCUUGACUCCUCCCUCCAUCUGGGCGAGUCUCGAGGGAAGCCUUCCAGCGGCCUCGGACCCAGGCCCGUCAGAGGGAAACUGAGCAAGUUGUCCUUGUGGAUGGAGCGCCUGCUGGAAGGCUCCUUACAGAGGUUUUAUAUCCCGUCGUGGCCCGAACUAGACUGAGAGGGGCUCGAGGCGGACUUAAACUCUUUCAGGCUUUUUACGGGGCCCCUGCGACCAGGCCUUUUCAGGACUCAACCUCUCACCACGGACCGAGAAUAGAUUCUAGAUCAUUCUUCUGGAACAAUGGCUAGAAGAAUCUUGCCUUUGCCCUGUUCUAACCUAGGCGUGAAAAACACCUCAAGUUGACUCCCCCAGAUCAAAAUCGUUUCCUUUGGGUUUCCCCUCCCCUCGUUUGAAUGCCGCACUAUUUAAAGCAGACUGCUCACUCCCCUCUUUCUUUGUCAUCCCUCCCCUGUCCUGUCCCUGUGCCGUGGGAGGAGCGCGGGCUCCGGCCGCAGCGGUACCUGGACGGAACCGCAUCCUCGAGAGCCCGGAGUGCGGGUCCCCGGCGCCGCCCCCCCCCCCCCGCCCCCACCAGGCUCCUGCCCCGGCGCAUGCUGUCAUCGGGACAGCCCGCAGCAGCUUCCGGGCCCUGCAUCCCGCAAGCGGCCUGGUUCCAAGCAGUCUUAACCUUUGACCGUUUUUUCCCAUAGCCAGUGGCUAAAAUUGGGAGGUAUCCCCCCGCCCAGUUUGGCAGCCACCGUUUUAAAAGGCUAGGGAUGAGUAGGAGCUCUGCGUGGGAGUUUGGUUCUCUUCCCAAGACAGAAGAAGCAGGGACUGGGCAGUGACCGAAGCGACCCCUCUCCACGGCGUCCCGUCGGCCACCGCCUCAGCCCCGAACCUCGCCAGGGAGGGAUCCGCACGGCAGGAAGUACUGUAAUGACUGUGAGCCAUUCACGUGUACGUUUUCACAUGCCUUUCCGCCUCUGUCACUUUUAGGGUAUGAAUCUUAGGAGCCGUAAUCUGUGAUCUUGUCCUCCGGGCAUAGAGAUAAGCUGCUAUAAGCCCGUAGAUGCUAAACUGAAGACACCCUAUCCCACCAGUCGUGAGCCGGGCCGAGGGACCUCUUCACCCUGGGGCGUCUCUCUAGGAAAAUACCGGACCUGUCUUUGUAUCAAGGAACUCCCGAUCUCUUCUCAACAAUUGUAUUUUGAACACCGUUACCCCAAAAGUGCUGUAACUCUAGGGCUCUCCUUUGUGACAAGUGAGCCAAGACUUGUUCUAGACCCCUGUUUGGCAAAAGGCUUACUUUGAGCUCGUGGCCUCUAUUCCCAUAGCUCGGUUGCUUUCUCCCUUUAACUCACACCUGCUCCUCCAGGAACAGGGUCCGGCCUGCCAUCAGCGCCCAGCUUGCCGAGCUCCAGCCAGUGCACAGUGGAUCACACCAGCCAGAGAGCUUGCCUUUUCUUCUUCUUUUCCUUUUUCUUCUUUUUUUUUUUU